UGACCAUUGACUGCAUCAUCACUUAUGCUAUGAUUUGAUUUGUAAUACAAUUAAAUUAAAUAAUUAUUUGUUUGUAUUAUUUUAUACUGAUUUCAAUUACGGGAACCGCCUUUUGGUGUCAAUAUAGUCGCUGGCGAUCGGUGUGUGCAGUGUUUUGGGGCUUAAGAUGAAUAAUAAUUAUACAAAUAAUUACAAUAAUAGUAAUUAUAAUCCGAAAUUAAACAAUGGUUUCAAUACGGAUGUGAAUCCUAUGCCUAAUGGCUACCAACCCUUCCCGGCGGCCGGCCCUCAGCCCCAACAACCCACACAUCAAUACAAUUAUCCACCGAUGGCUCAGUCGUCGACCGCAAGAGUGGCGCCCACUUUGGCCACCAAUUCGGUGUACAGUCAGCCAUCAGGGGAUCAGUUGAGACACCAAACGCAGACAUCUGUCCCACACAUGGCUAGCAAACAGUUUAACCUCAACUACAACGAGUCAAACAAUCAAUACUUACCGCCGAUGAGAUCACAGCCGCCAACACAACCGGCAGUUUUGCCCACUAAUGGACAGACGUUACCGCCGAUGGCUAACCAACCCCUCCAUCAGUCGCAACAACCCCUUCCCACUCCUCAAUCAGUGGCACCGGUGCUACAAACGCGACCUCCGAUUCAGCAGCACCUACACCAUCAGCCGCUGCCAGCGCAGAAACCCGGAGCACCUCCUCCUCAGCCACCCUUUCAAAGCCCACUUCCAGUACAACCCGCACGACUCGCAUCGGAACCAAUGGGUUCGCAACCGGCGAACCACUACAACAGUUACGGCCAAAACCAAGCCAUACCUCCGCCACAUAUGAACUCCUAUUCAAACGCCGGACAUACAGUUCCUUCAGCGCAUAGACUCAACGAUGCGGUGACCGCUCAGCCCACGUAUAACGGCGUCAGUUAUAGUCAGCCGCCAAACAUAGACCCCUUGACUAAUAAGAUGGGGUCGAUGUCUGUGAACCAGACAUGGGGUCAGAUGUGGAACCAGGAGAGCGUUAAUCUGAUGACAGAGAAAGACAUUCGCACUAAAGCUGUGAUGAGUGAACAGCAAAGAGCAGCCAAUUCUCAAAACGACUUCGACUCCAACUGUCAUAAGGAGAUAAUGCGCUCAACUCUGACCAAAGUUCCCGACUCGACGUCACUGUUGCAGAAGUCGCGCCUACCCUUCGGAAUCCUUAUCCAUCCCUUCAAAUCGGAUGACGACAUUCCCAUCAUUCAGGACAGCCCUAUCGUCCGGUGCCGGUCGUGUCGAACAUACAUUAAUCCUUACGUCCGUCUGUUAGAUCAGCGCCGUUGGCAAUGCAACCUUUGCCUUAGGAUUAACGAGAUUCCGGAAGAAUUUCUUUACGAUUACAAUACGAGACAAACGAUUGACUGCACGUCUCGACCGGAACUAAAUUAUGGCUCAAUUGAAUACAUAGCUAGCGUUGAAUAUAUGGUACGCCCUCCACAACCGGCCGCCUAUUUAUUUGUGUUCGACUGUUCCCGACACGCGACUCAAGUCGGUUACAUCCCAUCCCUGGCCAGGGCGUUGACUCAGUGUUUGGAGCAAAUCCCCGGCGACUCUCGAACUUUGAUCGGUUUCAUUGCUUUCGACUCAAGGCUUCAUUUCUUCAAUUUGGGAGAUAAACAGCCGAUCCAUUUAGUAAUGCCUGACAUUCAAGAUGUAUUUCUUCCGAAUUACGAAAACAUUUUAGUUAAUCUUCAGUCAAAAAGAGCUCAAAUCGAGGAGUUUUUAACCGAAAUUUUGCCCACUUUUCCAUUGGAUAAUCCCAAUGAUGUGGUCUAUGACACGGGAUCAGCAUUGGGUGCAGCCUUAACAGUGGCCUAUAAGGUGUUGUCAUCCCUGGGCGGAAGAAUCACUCUAAUUCAGGCAACCCUUCCUAACAUUGGAAACACGAGCGAUGGAUCCGUUCUGACCAAUAGAGAGGAUCCAAACAAACGAACCAUAAAUUCCAAUAAUUUGAAUGCUUUGACACCACUCCUGAAUCCGGGAACUGAUUUCUACAAGAAGUUAUCGUUAGAAUGUUCCGAACACCAGAUUGCAGUCGAUUUGUUUGACUUGUCGUCGUCUUACUCUGAUUUGGCGACUGUUGGAUCGGUUUCUAAGUUCAGCGGCGGAUCUAUUCAUUAUUACGGCGGAAGUCCUCCCUCUUGUCUUUUGGCGCGAUUUGAAGCCGAUAUGAGACACUAUUUGCAGCGAAACAUCGGCUUUGAAGCUGUGAUGAGAAUGCGCUGCACUCGAGGCCUGUCUAUCCAUACAUUUCACGGAAACUUUUUUGUCCGUUCAACCGACUUGUUAGCGCUUCCCAACGUAAACCCCGACUCAGGCUAUGGAAUGCAGAUCAGUAUCGACGAAGACCUCAAAGACUACACUAAUGUCUGCUUUCAAGCGGCCAUCCUUUACACGUCAGCCAAUGGCGAGCGACGUAUUCGAGUGCAUACUCUAUCUCUUCCAGUGGUGACCACAAUAGGGGAUGUGAUUCAUUCGGCAGAUCAGGAGGCGAUCAUCUGUCUCCUCUCGAAGAUGGCUGUCGACCGAAGUCUUACUUCUUCGAUGUCUGACGCGAGAGAAGCACUAAUCAAUGCAGUGGUCGAUAUCCUCAACACUUACCGAGCAAUCAAUACCAGCGCAGGCGGUGGUGCACUCGUUAUGUCUUCAGCCACUCGACUAAUGCCUCUCUAUGUCUUAGCCCUUAUAAAACACACUGCAUUUAGAGUCGGAAUUUCAACAAAAAUCGAUGAAAGAGUGUUCGCAAUGGAACGGAUCAAAAGCCUUCCUCUCAAGCAGUUAAUGACAUAUAUUUAUCCCAAUCUCUACGCCAUUCACAACAGCUUUUCCAAUGAGAAUGAGAGGCCGACUCCCGUUCAGCUCUCGUUCGCCAACAUUGAGCGCAACGGAGUCUAUCUGUUGGACACUUACGACAAUCUGUUUGUCUAUAUUUGCAAAUCAGUUCACCCGCAGUGGUUGGCAGAAGUGUUUAAUGUGACCCAAUGGGCACUCAUACCCGAUGACGGAGAGGCCACUCCCACUAAUCAGAUGCCAAAUAGUCCGCAAUUACGACAACAGACACCAGAACCGGAAGAGCGAGAGAUCAUACGAUUACCGCAAUUGGAAAACAUGACAUCAAAAAGAAUCCACUCUUUUAUUAAUAGUCUUAUCAAAGAGCGACCAUUUCAGCCAAACUUUCAUAUACUAAGAGAGGACAGUCGACUGCGAUACGCGUUUCUGCAGUACAUGUACGACGACAGGAAUGAGUCGGCGUUCAGUUACUACGAGUUUUUACAACACCUUCAGCAACAGAUUAAGAAUUAGUGUUAAAAAGACUUUUUAAAUAUAUAAAUAUAUAUUGGUUUCGAUUUAUUUUCAAUCAAUUUAUUGUUUAAAUACUGGAAUUUUUUAGGGAAUUAAUAAUAUUUAAAUUUUGUGAUAAGUUUUACUACAAAAAGCAAACAUUAAAUCUGUCGAUACAGCGAUUGUGUCGUGUAUUAUAUGUUAUAAUUAAGACAUUAAAUAAUGAUUUGAUAUAU